AAUGGUCCACAAUGCUUUGCGGUGUCCCAGUUCCGACGCAGGGGUAAUGAAAUGGGGAGAGGGUGAUUUUCCGCAGCUCAUUGGUUCAGACCGCAAAGACUGGCGCAACGAUAGCGGUUCGAAAACUUUGAGACAGCGGCCCCGAGAGGUGUCCCCCUGCCGCUUCUGCCCGUCGGCGUCCCCGCAUCCUCCGGAACCAGGCGGUCCGGUCCGCACGUCUGUCGCAGUUCGCCGAAGUGAUUUAUUUGGACAUCGGCGGAAAGAGGACGACUCAGCCAGAGUGAGGUAGCCAAAGAGACUGCAGCUGUCCUGCACCACUGGAGCCUUCAGGAAUGAUGGGACCACCACAGCACAAAGGGCUUCCUCGUACCUGACCCAAAAUGGAGCUCAAGGUCUGGGUGGAUGGAGUCCAGAGGGUUGUUUGUGGGGUCACUGAGGCUACCACCUGCCAGGAAGUGGUCAUAGCUUUGGCCCAGGCAAUAGGUCGUACUGGGAGAUACACUCUGGUAGAAAAAUGGCGGGACACAGAGCGCCACCUAGCCCCCCAUGAGAGCCCUGUGGUUUCCCUUAACACCUGGGGCCAGUAUGCCGGUGACGUCCAGCUGAUCCUUCAUCGCACAGGCCCCUCCCUGACUGAACGGCCCCCUUCAGAAGGACCCCCUCUCAGGGGCCCCGAACGUGGGCUGCACCGGCAGAGCCUUCCACCCCUCGCAAAGCUCCGUCACCCCAACGACCGUUCCCUACGCCGCCGUGAGCCGCGACGCAAGUCUCUAACCUUUACUGGUGGACCCCGGGGCCUCAGGGACAUCCUGAGUGGCGGAAGGGUAGGAGAGGUAGAGACCAAACGAAGACUGCUCCUGGGCAAUGGGGGAAACCUACACCGUGUGGCAGUUUCCACAGGGGCCGUCUCUCCUGGGCUGUGGGCUUGUCGCAUGGAAGACCUGGUCAGGCUGGUUGGUCUGCAGAGAGAGACUCUCAACGUGCUGGAGAAAAGGCUGGAGGCCUAUGAGGCUGAGCUGCAGACCUGGGGUAACGGACGAGGGGGGAGAGGUGGAGCAGACACAGGUGGAGGAGAAGGAGCUCUCGUGGAGGAGAUAUUAAGGCUGGAGAGACGUCUGAGAAAGAAUGAGGUGGAGAUGGAGGAAGAGGAGUUCUGGGCUAGUGAGUUGCAGAUUGAGCUAGAAAGUGAAAGGCAGCUGGAGGAGAGGCUGCAGGAGCUCCGUGGUCGUCUGCAGGGCUGUGAAAUGGAGAUCGAGGAGAAAAUUGCUCGCGUGCAGGGUGUAGAGGCUGGCCUAGAGGAAGAGAGGUUGCAGAGGGAGAGGCAGGAGACCCAGUGGGUCAGUGAGGCAGAGGCUCGAACUCAGGCCCUGAGGGCCAAAGCGGAGCUGAAGGCCCAGGAGAGGCAAGCUGUUCAGCUGGAGAGCAGCUGCAGAGCUGUGGACAGGUCGCUGGGACAGAGCAGCAAAAGACUGCAGGACAUGCAGCAUGAGUUGGAGCAGCUGACGAAGGAGCUGAGGCAAGUGAACCUGAAGCAGUUCAUUCAGCAAACCGGCACCAAGGUCACCGUGCUGCCCGCUAACCCAGCUGAGGAAGAUGGCAACCACGUCAGUCAGGCUACGGGUAAUUUCAUAUACCCUCUGUGGUUCAUUGAAGCGUCCGGUUUCCACCCAGCCAAUGUCGGGUCACCUUCGGGUUCUCCACAGCCCUCUAAGGUCAAGCCUAAACCCGGAAGGGAUCUACGUCUGAGGCCUGCCAGUACAGGAGUGGGUUGAGCGAACAUCCAUCUCUCCUUGUGUCUUGAUCCCCAACUUCACGCCACAGCUUCUUUUUUUUUCUUUUUCUUUUUUUCCCCCCCAGGCGGUCUUAGUACAGGAUACCUCAGCAGCAGCACUCUCCUAUGCACUGUUUACUCAUCACUUGGGCUUAUUAAUGGGGGUUUUCUAAAUGCUGGCAGCAGCCUAUAUGAACCAGGUGUCCUGAAAGCAGCUCCUCGCACCUGAAGGCUCAGACAAUGAAGGAAAGCGUUUACUGUUGGAUGUAUGUUAUGAAGCACUUGGUUAGGUUGAAGGGUGGCAGCGGCAUCAUGGGUGCUGAUCGCUGAAUCGCCACACCAUCAGUGACAUCACAUUUAAGUAUAUCCACUUACUGUACUUUUAUUCUCACGUUACCUGCUGAGUGACUGGCGUUGUUUUAAUGGUGAGCGUUACCGAGUCAAAGCCAUUGCCUUGUGAAAAGUAUUUCUGUCGGUGUAGAGCGUCUGAACCGCCUCUCUGAAAACCUGUGGGUUCUGCGACGAGCACAUGCAUCCCAAGUAAUGACGUGUGUCCGGGAGGAAGGAUGCACUCUGCUCUCUGACACCUCCCAGAGUGUCGUGCUGUACAUCACGCUAGUCCUUUGGCUCUGAAUCUCUCCGUGUUUUAACUAUGCACAGACGGCAAACCGUUUUGUUACUGAGGAAUGUUACUGUGUACAAGUACCAAACUGGUAGCAUCUUGUAAAUGUUUUCUUACUCUCCCGUUUUGUUUGGUGAAUAUUAUAUUUUAUUAUGACCGGUGAGUUUGCAGUCGCAGGGCAGCAACGUGUCCAGUCCAGCAGUAUUGCCUGCGUAAUGAAACAGUGUUGUUUGUUUUGUAUGUUUGUUUUAAGAUGACUGUGCGAUAUAUUUUUUGCCAAAUUGUUUAUGCUUGUUCAUCUGCAAGGAUGGGUGGCCAAAGAUUAUAAGGUCUUGCUGCAUGUUUGUCUUUCAUAUAGCCAUAUCUGGAUGUCCAGAGCAUGUAUGUAAUGUGACACUAAGACCGUUGUUUGCUCGAUCUGAAGGCCUUUCAUAUGAACUUUGAUAGGAAGAGCUACAUUGGGGGGUAUAUGUUUUUUUUUUAAUUUAAAGUCAAAUACUAAAAGGGACAUCAUGUUAGUGGAGUCUUAAUAGCCCUGGAAUAAACUCCCCCAUUGGUUCUGUAAUUAGCUGCUAAUUAUAUUAAAACAAGUGCCUUAUACUCGAGCUUGUGGGAACAGCAGUCGGUGACACAAACAGCGUUACAGUGCAGAGAAGCUUUACGAGCCGUAGGAAGUAUUGGUCAUAAUGAUCAAGGAUCGAUUUCGAGUGUCAGUAUAUAUAAUCAGCAUAUCUCUUCGACACAGAGAAAAUAGCAACAAACAGGAAACAGUCACAGGUAUCAUCAGUAUCACUAGGCGCUGUAAAGUGCUUUGACCUGUUGCUAAAGAUAUACUUCACAUCAUGCAGCACAAAAUAGUUAUCAUUUGAAUAAAUGUAUUACCCAGGAUGAA